AUGGGGUCCGUGGAGGAUGAUUUGCCAGGAGUGAAGGCAGCGUUGGAAGAAUCUCACUUCUACAGUGGUGUUGAUUCUAAUCAGAAAACCGGCAAUUCGGUUGACGUAGCAACAACUGCUGCUGACGAUGAUAGCAAGCUGAAGCCAAAUCUAGCUUCUCAAGGCUGGAAAUACGACGCAUUUUUGUGCCAUUCAGGUGUAAACGACUCAUUCGUUCGCCUUUUAGACAAAGAGAUGCGGAAGCACAAAAUUGUAGCCUUCUUAUAUAGUGAUUCCUUGCAAAUGAAAGAAAUUGCUCAGAAAGAAAUUGUUGAAGCCAUCAUACUCUCUCCCUUCUUUGUCGUUAUACUCAGCCAAGAAUUCAUUGGCAAGGAACAGCCGACGGCGGAGUUAGAAGCAGCUCUUGAGUUUGACCCAAUCAACAAGACGAUUAUACCAGUGUUCUACAAUGUUACUAACAAACAAUGGGAACAAUCUACAAUCGAAAACUCUAAGCUAUUGCCAAAAAAUACCAGCAUUGAGAGAAAAAAGGAAACGGAAGAAAAAUUUGCUACUCUUGUUGCCGAGCGGGUUCAAGGUCAUGUUGAAAGCCAACGACGUCAAGAUAAGCUACAGGUUUGCAAUCUCCGUGAAUUUACUGAAAGAAACUUGAACAAGAGUGGUAUUCAGAUUCUUAACGAAUUGAAAAGGGAACUGCGACAGCAGAAAGGAUCUGGUCAUCUCCAGUUUGUAGACAAGCGAAUAUUUGAAGAAGCUUGCAAGAAGGGAAUGAUAAGAGUGUUUCGCGUACUGCUCGAUAUAAUCGGAGAAGAGGAUGCAGGCAAGUCUUGUCUCGGAGAUUCCAUUUUGGACAAACCGUACAUUGAAUUUCGAGAAAGUACCAAAGGGGUAAAGCUGAGAAUGAUGACACAUGCCAUUGGUGAUAAAACAAAUUGGAUGGAAUUGAAAGAUGAAGAGGAGAGGCAGAAACAUCUCAGCAGGCUAUUGGCAAAAGAGUACGUAAAGAAAACCAAGCAAGAAUCGGAUUCUAAGACACAACACAGGCAAGGCGUUGAAAUUGAAGAAGGAGAAGAAGAAAAACUAAUUGAAGCAGAUGGCGGUGUCGAUGAAGUUCCUGAACAUGCUGCUGACCAAAUUGUUCAUGUUACUGGCCAAGAUGUUCAUGUUCUUCAGCAAAGAGUUCCUAGACAUGAUGAAUACAAGGACUUCAACCGCGCUAAAGAAAUAGACCAAUACGUACAAGAUGCUGUCUCUAUGAUGGAGAAAGACAAAGAAGAGCUGCGCAAGUGCGAAAAUAUGGUCAUUAUUAAUAUGAUGGACAGAGGAGGCCAAGAUCAGUUUCUAUCAACACACGCUGCUCUUAUGGCCGAUCACGCUUUUCAAUGUACAGUCUGUCUCUUGGUUUUUGAUGGCUCAAAGAAAUUGGAUGGAAAUGUGUCUCAAUCUGAAUUUCGUCGCCCAGACGGAAGCGUCAUUACAAAGCCACGCGAUAUAGCGAAAACAAGAGCCGAUCUCAUUCGCUACUACUUUAGUGCUCUCUAUGCAGCUUUUCCCGCCGGUAGAACGCGAAACAAGUUUUUUGGCAAAGGGCGGGUCAAGAGAGCACCUGCAACCUUUCUGAUCUCAUCUAGAAAAGACAAGACAAAAGGGAAAGGCGAAUUUGUCGAACGCCAGGAACGCAUCAUACGAGAAAUUAUCCGUGAAAUGAACUUUGGUGAUCACAUUGUGUCCUUUGGUGAAGAUUCAUAUGAAGUGUUGUUUCACGUAGACAAUACGAAGUCAGGAAGUGGCAAUCCGGAUCCUACAAUUGUUCUCAUCAAGGAAAUAAUUAUAAAAAUGGCCCACGAUUAUUGGACUGAAGACGAUGUGAUCCCAUUGACGUGGGCUGUGCUAGAUAAAGGUCUCGGCCGACUGCAAAUGGCUGGUCAUAAGAUUCUGGAUAUUCAGGAUGUUUACGAAUUAGCUGCCAGAGUGUGCGACAUCUCAUCAAACGAGGAGUGCCGAGAAGCUCUGCGAUACCUUUGCAGUCUUGGAUCGAUUGGAUUUUACCAUAAUGUCGCUGUUCUCGAUCAGAAGGUACUUCCCAACCUUCAGUGGGUUGCUGAUAUUUUGGCGAUUUUUGUAACAGUUCUUGAUGACAAAAAAAUUCCUCCAGGUUUGUCAUAUUCUCUAAUGCAGCUACACAAACAUGGCAAAAUGUUGUGGAAUCUUGCCGAGUUUCUUCUGCAAGACGCCAAAGUAGAAGAAGAUAAUUAUAUAGUUAUUCUCAAAUUGCUGCAUCUCUUCGAUGUUAUAUCAGGAACGUGUUUGCCAUCAUCUAAUGUUGCAGCUGAUGUUGAUAUUCGGUGCAAUCAGGACUUUUACGUUCCCUGCAUGGUUACAAAAGAUGUGAUUCAGACACCUUUUUUUUAUCUCUCAGCUUUGUGCUCAUCUACAGGACCUCCACCUCUUUUCAUUGUUCCAAAAGGCUUUAGUAGUUUCCUCAAGCCUCUCUUUUACCGUCUCGUCACUCGUAUGAUCAGCAAAUACGCCCAGUCUUCACCAAAACUCAGCAGAAAACAGGUGAUUCUUCAUCUGCGUAAAGAUGUGGAUCUCGAGUUGGUCUAUACAGAGAAGGCUGUCAUCGCUACCAUUUAUUCUCCGGGGCGCAAAACGCUACCUGUUAAAACAGUUCUUGGUCCACUUUGCAAUAAAGUUCGAGUGACUCUAGUAGAACAACUAACUGAGGCCAAAAAACGAGGAAUGGAUGGCUUUCAGUUUGAAGUUUGCAUUCAUGAUGCAGUUGAUGUAAAUCUUGAAGAUUAUAAUCCAGAAUGUUUGGCAUCACUCGCUAACUAUCCAGAGAAUGACAUUCUUGUUAACGGAAAUGACGAUAGCAUUGUUGAACCUGAGGAUCUUGAUAUGUGGUAUUGCAGCAGCUCUGAUGAAGAUUGUACGAAUGAUGAGACGGCAACACCGACAGACCUUGCAAAACUUGCCUCAAAAAUUGAAAUCUUCAUGGAACGGUUUGCUUCGGAAUUGGAUGCGGAGCUAUUUACCUUCAGUAAAAUUAAGAAGAUACAGCGUGAAAACAAUACUCCCUUCAUGCAAGCUAGUGCUAUGUUGGAUACAUGGAAGUGCCAUCAUGCUGAGAAAGCAUAUCGUCGCUUGUUAAUUCAGGCAUUAAUUAAUAUUGACAACAGAUUGGCGGCUAAUGAAGUUUUUGGUGAAGCAAUUGUAAGGCAGGUGUCGCCGCAACAGUUAAACUAAAGAAUUUUAUUCCAAGAUUGACAGUGUGUGUAGUUUACUUAAUUAAGGUUGAGUUGGCGAAACAAUGUUAUUCUGAAUCCGAUAAAUAGUUGCAUUAAUUUGUUUCAAAGCAGAAAUGUAUUAUGAAACCUAUAUUAUAAGACCUGGCUAUC